UGCCUCUUUCCCCAGGGCGGGAGGGGAAGAUCGGCAGCAGCCGCGCGGGAGAGAAGGAGCUGCCGGCUGGAUCUCUCGCUAUAGGGAUCGCCGGUGUAAGCGGGGCGGUCACAGCCGCCGUCUUCCCCGCGGAGAACCUCUUUGCUCGCCGCCGCUUCUCUCCGAGUCCGGGCAAGGCGAGCCGCUGCUGCCUUUCCCCACCCCCCGGUCCCUCCUCCUCCUCCCGCCCCUUCGGCCCGGGACUGCCACCAGCGCCUCCGCCGCCGUCUCCCCGUUCACCCACCCACCAGCACCGCCCCUUCUCCUGGGCUGCCGGGAGGCUGGAUCACUUGGCAAUGCCCCUGGCGGGGGCUUGUAGAGACCCACCGCGCCGGUAGCGCUCUGCUCUCGACUCCGGACUGGCAGGGAGGGGGCCUGUCGGACUAUCCCCCCUCCUCCCCCCGGUGCCACGAUGAGACGCCUGAAUCGCCGCCUGGCUUUGUCGGUCUUGGGGAUUCUGUGGAUCGCGGCUCUCCUCCUCUUCUUCGGGACCAGGAAGAAGUUGGAAGUGGCGGGACCCGAAGGGCAGACCCCCAAGCAGGGCUCUGAUAUUGAUUGGGAUGAUCUCUGGGAUCAGUUUGAAGAAAGAAAAUACCUGAGUGCCCGGAAAUGGAAGGGUGGAGAGGAUCCAUAUCGGCUGUAUGCCUUUAACCAGAGGGAAAGCGAGAGGAUUCCCAGUGAUCGCGCCAUUCGUGACACCAGACACCACAGAUGUACUACUUUGCACUAUCGUAAAGAUCUACCGCCAACUAGCAUCAUCAUCACCUUUCAUAAUGAAGCCAGAUCAACACUACUGAGAACCAUCAGAAGUGUUCUGAACCGAACCCCUGUGCAUCUGGUCCAUGAAAUCAUAUUGGUGGAUGACUUCAGUGAUGAUCCUGAUGACUGUCGUUUGCUGGUCAAGUUACCUAAGGUGAAAUGUUUACGCAACAGGCAGAGAGAAGGUUUGAUCCGAUCCCGCAUUCGAGGAGCUGAUGUGGCACAAGCAGGAGUCCUGACUUUCUUAGACAGUCACUGUGAGGUGAACAAGGACUGGCUGCUGCCUCUUUUGCAGAGGAUCAGAGAGGAUCCAGUCCAUGUGGUGAGUCCCGUCAUUGACAUCAUCAACUUGGAUACUUUUGCUUAUGUGGCAGCUUCUUCAGACCUGAGAGGAGGGUUUGAUUGGAGCCUACAUUUUAAAUGGGAACAACUUUCUCCAGAGCAGAAGGCAAAGCGAACUGAUCCUACGGAGCCCAUCAAGACUCCUAUCAUUGCAGGGGGACUUUUUGUGAUUGACAAGGCCUGGUUUAACCAUCUUGGAAAAUAUGACCCUGCCAUGGAUAUCUGGGGUGGAGAGAACUUUGAAAUUUCAUUCCGGGUGUGGAUGUGUGGAGGAAGCUUGGAAAUCAUCCCCUGUAGUCGGGUCGGGCACGUCUUCCGAAAGAAGCAUCCUUACACCUUCCCUGAGGGAAAUGCUAACACCUAUAUAAAAAACACCAAGCGCACAGCUGAAGUGUGGAUGGAUGAGUAUAAGCAAUACUAUUAUGCUGCCCGACCUGCGGCUCAAGGGAGGCCAUAUGGAGACAUCCAAAGCCGAGUGGAUCUGCGAAAGGCCUUGAAAUGUCAUACCUUCAAGUGGUAUCUGGAAAAUGUUUAUCCGGAACUAAGAAUUCCUGAGGAAUCACUCUACCAAUCUGGGAUAAUACGGCAGAGACAGAGAUGUGUGGAAUCCCAGAAAUCGGAGAGACCGGAGUUCCCUGUUGUGAUCCUGAACCCGUGCAUUAUCAGCAAGACCACAGCUGCAGUGGCACAGGCACUCAUUGAAAUAACAAGAAUAUCAACUCAAUAA